AUGUCUACAUCCUUGCCAAGCCUCCUUAAAUACACCAAAAUACACAACAUCCGUGACUGGGUUACUUCAGACCUGCUCCUCACCCCGCAACAUCAGCAGAACCUGCAGUCUCUAGAGGAAACCCCCAUGAGGAGGCCGCUAUCAGACAUCAAGUGCCAGAACUUCAAGGCAGUCCUGUGCAAAUAA